UCCUACCUGGCGCUGUACCAUGACGCACGUCACGUGCUCCGCGUUAGCCAAUGGGAAAGAGCCUCAUUUACUGUACGUAUUACGUAGACUGAUGCUAAACAGUUAGCUGGUUUGCUAAGAACAAACAAGAUGGAUUCACCCAUUCUGGAACCAUCCUUGUACACCGUGAAAGCAGUUUUGAUUCUGGACAAUGAUGGAGACAGGCUUUAUGCCAAGUAUUAUGAUGAUACAUACCCAACAGUGAAGGAGCAGAAGGCAUUUGAGAAGAACAUAUUUAACAAAACACACAGGACAGACAGUGAAAUAGCAUUACUCGAGGGCCUCACUGUUGUCUACAAGAGCAACAUAGACCUCUUCUUUUAUGUUAUUGGAAGUUCACAUGAAAAUGAGCUUAUGCUCAUGGCUGUUCUUAAUUGCCUUUUUGAUUCGCUGAGCCAGAUGUUGAGAAAGAAUGUUGAACGGAGAGCUUUGUUGGAAAAUAUGGAGGGGCUCUUCUUGGCAGUGGAUGAGAUUGUUGAUGGAGGGGUGAUCCUGGAGAGUGACCCACAGCAAGUUGUGCAUCGUGUUGCUCUCAGAGGAGAUGAUGUGCCUUUGACAGAGCAGACAGUCACCCAGGUUCUUCAGUCUGCCAAAGAACAGAUCAAGUGGUCUCUUCUACGAUAGACUCACCACUACACCAGUGAGCCGCUGUUCAGCCACAUGUUCAUGGCACUGAGUCACACCGCCGCCUUUUCUUCCGAGUUCCAUUUACUCAGUCAGGACUGUGAGGAGUAUCACUGAUCAGUCACACUCCCAGGACUACUGCUCAGUUUUUUUUGUCUUUUUACAAUGCAUAAUAUAAUCAGUAUAAGGAUAAUGUAUAGUAUACAUUCCAGUAUAAAGGCUGGCCUGUUUGUUUUUUUUCCUUUUAUUACUGAACCUAGGUGUUAAUUAAAGCAGUGUAUUCCACUAUAAAACAGUGAUUAACCCCAUCAUUGCCUGUGAAAACAUUCCAUGUGUCUCCUUUGUCCAUAUGACAGAAAUUUGUCAUUUACAUAACAUUACUGUACAAAGUACACUAUCAUUUAAUAAAAUUUUGUGACGAUGA